GAAGACCAUCGAGGCGCCCGCGAAGAGGAAGGGGAGAAGAGGAGGAAGACAACGUAUGGGGUACUGGGCGCCGCGUUGUGGAGGAGUUAGGAAGCGAGAACGAGAUGGAUAUACAAGGUACUGAUUUGGUAACGACAUCGGGUAAUAGACGGUUUGCUAGUGAUCCACUUCGGUUCACAGGAAUAGAUUUGAGCAGUGGCGGCCAGCCACGGAACGGUUAUGCUUAUCAACAUUCGGACGACGAAAACGACUCAACCGAAGACGACUCGGAGGCUGCAUCUGAAGAAGACGAAGACGAAGACGAUGAGAAUUCAGCUCUUAGGAGGGAACUUGACGAGGCUCUAGUGCAAUCAGCCCUUGCGAGGAUACGGAGAGCCCAAGCCAAGGGCAAGGCGGACGUCAAACUAAAUAAGGAGGAGCUUGCAGCUCUUGAACGUAGGCGGAAACGCUUACAAGCCGAGAAAGACGCAAGACGACGUAGCGGAAGUGAUCGGAAGCGCAAAGAAAAAGAGCAGCGAUAUGCUGUCCCCCUUUCUCAGUUCGAAGAUCCUCAAUCUGGCUCGGAACAAAACCAACUUGCCCCUCCCAUGGGGCGUUUCCCUCCUCCUAAUGCCUCGCAUUCACGUCCUCGCGAUGGUAGUACAUCUACAUCCUCUACUCGUCGUCCUCGAUCUAUCGUACAAGACUCUCCACCGUUCGAUUAUCAAUAUGUGCAUGCACCCCCUAAUCAACGUCACGCCUCAGAUCCUACAACCAAGCCUUCAUCUUCACGCACGUCCUUCACAGAAGCCAGAGACAUUUUCCAAUACCAAACCGCGGGACCCCGCGCGUUAUAUCCCGACAGGAGCAGUUCAAGACAUGCUAAAAGGGAGGAAAGGAACGGGCGUGAACGUGAGGACGAGACAACCAGUGACGAUGGAGUUCAUGAGGCACGGCUUUCGAGAGGAAGAAGUCGAGGUGAAAUUGUGGUACAGACAUCUCCUUCGCCCGAACGUACCAAGAGUAAAAAGUCUUCGGAACCCGUUGCGUCGACGAAACGGAAAUCAGUAGCCCCUAAAAAGAGAAAAGGGAAAUAAAUCAAGUAGUCGUCUAGCUAUCCUAAUAAACAAAAGCAUACCGUGUAAUUGUAAUUGAUAUCAAGAAUGGUCUUAUUAUUUCAUUUCGCCUGUGAACUGUUCUCAUAAUUUUAUGGUAAUCCAAUCCAACCUUCACCUGGAAGAUAUUUCCAGAAAACAACUUUUCAAAUUGCGUAGAAUCUAGGUAAUUAACACGAAGGGUAUCGUAUCGAUUCGCUGAAUCAUCCUUUUAGCCAUGAAUCAAUCGUAACCCCAACAUUUUUUUU